AUGUCCAAGAGGAAUGAACCAGCUCAUCCUGAGCAAAAACACCCAAGCACCAAACGAGCCAAAGAGCUCGACGCGCACACCCCAUACGACGAACUCAGGUCUCUCCUUGCCGCCCAGGAGUCUCCCAGUGACACCAGGAGAGUUCUACACUGGUUCCGGAGUAAGGACCUGCGCAUCCACGAUAAUCGUGCGUUGAACGCGGCUUCUCAGUGGGCAAACGAGGCCCAUGCCCCGUUGCUAUGCGUGUACGUCAACUGUCCAGCGGAGUUUAGAUGGCAUGGCACUUCACCCGCCAGGACGGACUUCAUCUUCGAAAAUCUCGCGCUUAUGAAAGCUGAGCUCGAGGCGUUGAAUAUUCCAUUGGCGUUCCUGGAAGCGAGUGAACGUGACGAGCUCGUCCCAACCAUUGUCGACUUUAUUCGCGAAAAUGAUAUCUCGCAUGUGUACGCCAACUAUGAAUACGAAAUUGACGAGUUGCGCCGCGACGUUAAAGUCUUGAAGGAGGCCACUGGUGGAAGCUCCAAGUCUAGAGGAUUCCAUCUCUCUCUGCAUCAUGACCAGACAGUCGUGGAGCCAGGCAGCGUACUUACAGACAGCGGGAAGGCCAUGAAGGUAUUCACGCCUUAUCAUAGGGCAUGGCUCGCCGAAGUGAAGGCCAACCCAAGUGUGCUCGACACUGUCCCCGCGCCUUCAAAGAAUUCCACCGAAUCGAAGAAAGAGCUCAAGCGAUUUUUUGACAGCCCUGUCCCCAGCCCACCUGAGGAGAAGCAAUUUGCCAGUGACGAGGAGAAAGGAAAAAUUCGCAAACUCUGGCCCGCAGGCCACGACGCUGCUGUGAAGCGACUCACCCACUUCCUCGACGAGAAGAUUGUCGACUAUGCGGCAACACGAUCUAGCCCCGCAAAGAACUCCACGUCUCGACUCUCUGCAUACUUCAGCGCUGGCGUCCUCUCCGUUCGCGAAGCCCUCAGUGCAGUAAGCAAACGGAAUGACAGUUCCACUGAUUUCUCAAAGGAAGGCUGCGAUCCCGGCAUGUCUAGCUGGGUCCGCGAGAUCGUCUUCCGGGAGCUGUACCGACAAACUCUUCUCCAAACCCCUCAUACAUCGAUGAAUCUACCACAGAACUUGAAAUUCGACUUUGUGGAGUGGGAGGAGGAUGAGGAAGGGUAUAAACGCUGGGAAGAGGGCACACUGGGCGUCCCCUUCGUGGAUGCUGGUAUGCGGCAAAUCAAACACGAGGCCUAUAUGCACAACCGCUUACGCAUGAAUGUCUCGAGCUACUUAUACUGCAACCUGCUCAUCGACUACAGACGAGGAGAGCGAUACUUCGCGGAGAAACUGAUCGAUUGGGAUCUGAGCAACAAUACGCAAGGCUGGGAACCCAGCUACACGGUGUUCAACCCUGUGAGCCAGGCCGAGAAGAAUGAUCCUGAGGGCGAGUACAUUCGCAAGUGGAUCCCAGAGUUGAAGGGUGUGAAAGGGAAAGCGAUCUUUGAUCCAUACCAUCGGUUGGACCCACAGGAGUUUGAGAAACUAGGCUAUCCCAAGCCAUAUGUCGACUGGCACAAAACGAAGCAGCGGGCGAUCGAAAGGUUCAAGUCGAACAUGAAGAAUGCUGAUCCUUGA